AAACCUAUGAAAAUAGAAGUGAAACCAAGAUAUGAAAGGCUGGAUCGUGGGAUAUCUCUAGAAUUAAAAAAAAGGAAAAAAAAAAAAAAAGAAAAUAUAAAUUAAAAAUAGAAUUCCUCAAAAUCAUAACAAUUAAAAACAGAAGUCAAAAUUUCCAAACUUAAGAAAGACAACACAUUAUUUUUAUGUAUUGGGCGAUUAAUGAAGCAAGCAAAGGAAAUGGAGAAACUUCGGUCAUCAGAUGAAUUUGUUGAAGAUGGAUCGCUGGAUCUACACGGGCACUCAGUUACUGGAGCAUGGAGGGCAUCCCUUUUUAUAAUUGGCGUGGAGAUUGCAGAGAGGUUUGCUUAUGCUGGCAUACUGUCAAAUUUGGUAACUUAUCUCACAAGUGUUCUGCAUAAAAGCACUGCCACUGCUGCAAGCAAUGUCAACAUAUGGUCAGGGGUAGCAUCCAUGUUUCCUUUUUUGGGAGCUUUUGUUGCAGAUUCAUAUUUGGGUCGGUACUGGACAAUCCUUGUUUCUUCACUCGUCUAUUUGCUUGGUUUAAUCCUGGUGACUCUAUCAGCCACUCUCACGAGUCUCAGACCCCCACCAUGCAAGAAGACUUCAGAGCCUUGCCCCAGAACAUCCCCUACCAAAAUUGGGUUUUUUUUCUUCUCACUUUACUUGGUUGCUUUGGGGCAAGGUGGUCACAAGCCAUGUCUACAGGCCUUUGGUGCGGACCAAUUCGAUGAUGAGGACCCAAAAGAGAAGAAGCACAAAAGUUCAUUUUUUAACUGGUGGUAUUUUGGUAUUUGCUUGGGGACUCUUGCAGGAGUCACUGUGCUCCUAUACAUCCAAGAUAAUGUUGGAUGGGGUUUGGGAUUUGGCAUUCCUGCAAUUACCAUGGCAAUGACACUCCUGGUGUUCUUGUGUGGGACCAGGUUUUACAGAAAUAAACUGCCUAGUGGAAGCUCUCUCACUGGAGUCGUCCAUGUGUUUGUAGCAGCAUUCUUCAAACGGAAAGCCACCAUUCCUUGCCAAGAAGCAAAUCAUUUAGUUUCUAUUCAAGAGCGAGAGGUUCUGAAGGCAGGGUCAAGAAGACAAAUCUUGCAAACAAAUCAGUUCAGAUUUCUUGACAAAGCGACAGUUAAAGAUGAAUUAGAUUUUGAGUGCAAGGCAAGACACAAUUGGAGACUUUGCACAGUCCAACAGGUUGAAGAAGUGAAACUUCUUUUGGGUAUGUCACCGAUUUGGAUGGCAUGCUUGAUGUUUGGUGUUGUCUUUGCACAGUCCUCAACUUUUUUCACAAAACAGGGCAGCACAAUGGAUAGAAAACUGGGUCGACAUUUUGAGAUCCCUCCUGCAAGUCUGCAAUGUUUUAUUAAUAUAUCUAUUCUUCUACUGGUCCCUGUCUAUGACCGCUUCUUUGUUCCCAUUGCAAAAAGGUUAACAGGGAACGAGAGAGGUAUAACAUUGCUCCAAAGGAUAGGCACUGGUAUGUGUGUUUCUGCAAUUUCAAUGGUUGUCGCUGCAGUGAUAGAAAUUAAAAGAGUCAAGGCAGCAAAGGAUAAUGGACUGGUAGACAUGCCCCAUUCAACAAUUCCAAUGAGCAUUUUUUGGCUACUUCCACAGUAUGUACUUUUUGGCACAGCUGAUGUGUUUACAAUGGUAGGAAUGCAAGAAUACUUCUAUGAUCAGAUGCCAGACACAAUGAAAAGCUUGGGUAUUGCUGUCUAUUUGAGUGUUUUAGGAGUUGGUAGUUUCUUGAGUAGCAUCCUAAUUUCGGUCAUCGAGAAGUUUACUUGCAGAAAGGAGGAGCUAUGCUGGUUUGCAGACAAUGUGAACAAAGCUCAUUUAGAUUACUUUUAUUGGCUUCUAGCUUCUUUGAGUGUACUCAACCUGGGCAUGUUCAUGACCUUAGCCAGUCGCUACAAGUACAAAAGUUCUGCAUCUACUGACACACAAAAAUCUUGCUGAGAAAGGACUCUUCUUACUACAUGAUUCAUGACCGGGUGCUAAUCCCUAAUGAUUCACAAGUUAUCCACAGCUGAAAGAGAAUCCGUGUAAUAUAAUGUUUUUAAUGUUUUACCUAUUUGAGUGCCA